UACAACACACGAAUCGGAGGGGCCUCUUGUAAACAUUGCAUAACCAUCCAGCCUUGCGACUUCAUCCAAACUACAUCUACUUCGACGUCAGAUUCGUAUUUCGAACAUGGCUCCUGCACCGCUCCCCGAGUCCCGCCUCAAGCAAAUAGCACAGGAUGCAUGCAACACCGCCCUCGGCACGUCCACGGCGUACAACCAUAGUCUGACACCAACAUGGAACGACACCAUCAUUUCGACCAUCCUGCAGACUCUGAUCUCCGAAACCGCUUCGCCCUCCGGUGAAGCGCCGUCGUUCAAGUUCAUGGUCAACAGCACCAUCAUCCAGCACACCGCGCCCACCGGUGCAAAGGACGAUAACAGCACAGCCAACGCCGGCAGAAGGGGCAUGCACAGCGCCGCCGGUGCGUACUGGAACAAUGAAAAGGAUGGCAUGUGGAGCUACAAAUAUGAGGGCGGAGAAAAGAGGGGAAUGGACGUCGUCGUCAUGGUGAUGUGGGUCGCGCUCUGAGCGGUUCGGCAGGCCCUUGGUGACAAAGGGUGACAAAGACGAAGGAGAAGCGAGCGUUCGAAAAAGGGAGCAGCAUGGUCUUUUCCUUUGACGCCGAAGCGAAGCACGUCGGUGCCCCAGCAGCAGUACGACCACCGCCGAUUCACCACACUGUGUCACCCCAGCUCUUCGUCAGCGAGCACAGCGGAUCUGAGCGUGAAUGGAUCGACUGAGUAGAGGAGGAUUCUUUCGUGUUACAGUAUACGCCUUCAUGUACGCUGUGUCGGAGCUUUCCAUCUCCCCGCACGCUUUUCCCGGCGCAUAGGGUAAGCGUGUUUGGCGCUGCGAGACGUCUAAGUUCUUUGUCGAGGAUAUUCAGAAGUCUGUACGCACCUUUGUUCCAUUCCCACACUGUUACGAUAAGGAUGAUGUUUGAUAUAUCGAAAUUUCAAGUGCUUCAUGUUGACUGCACUCAUGCGCGUGGUAGUUCCAGCACAUUCAUCUUCCGUGCGUUGACGUUGCCUGUAUAAAAGGCUAGUACCACCCCAGGAUUCCUGCGAGCGCACGCUUUUUUUGAGAGCACAGCCAUGUAGCAAUCCUCGUAAUCAUCUGGAG